ACCAUAUGUUAUGCACAAUAUGUAUUUGUAUAUAUAUUUUCCAAAGCAGACUGUUUUUAUGCCCGAUUAUGCUCGUCCAUUGUGUGUGCAUGCUGAGCAGCUAUUCGUCCUGGUUACUAUAUCUGACUCUGACAUCAUGCCGACGCACCUCCCUUUAAGAUGCGUCAGUCAUCUGUCCGUUAAUGGAGUCAUUCAGGCUGUUUUCUGCAGGAGGAGAUCUACAUUUAGCGUCGGCCGACAAAACACCAGGAAGGGAAGGGGGAGAGGACGGAAAUGAGAGGGGGGUGUCCAAAGAGGAAAACCCUCUCCCUUUAAGAACAAGUGGGACAUAGCGGUGCGAGAAAAGGAGAGGAGGGGGAGAAGAAAGAGGAAUUAAAAAAGAAAAGGAAGAAAGAGACAGGGAGGGAGGAGGGAGAGCGGGCGAUAAAAAAAGAAAGAUGACAUCCUCGCAGCUGAGCGGCCGAGGUGGAGCGAUAGGCUGCGGCCGGCCGAGAGCGCCUCUCUCCGGGGUCAGAGCGUGAACCAACAGCGAGGCUUCGACAAACACCCGAUUGGCCUAUUGGGGGGAAAUCGGAAAAAAUAGAUUCAUAAAUUAAAAACAAAGCAUGACCUGCUGUGCUGCCAGAUACGUGUGUUAUUACCCUUUUUUGUUCUCUUGCGUGAAAAACAUUUAUUUUAGUAUGUUUUUAGCGAAAGUGUGAUAGUGUAAUAUGCGAUUUUUGUUGUUUUUACCAAGCAGUUUUGUUGUGUGCGUUUUAGUGAGAUUAGUGUGCUGGGGAAUUAAAGUUAGAAACCAAAGUGAAAAGAGAAACAGGCCAUUAUUGUUGGACCUGGCCUGCUCCACUACUGCCUGUGUGCUGCAGCCUGCGUUAGUCAACAGCUGCGUGCAUUUUAAUGGACAGCAUUAGGCUACCUCAAUGAGAAAAACAUAUUUUUGCAGACGACUUUAUCCACGUUUUUCACGCAAAUCCAGAAGCCCGUGGUUUCUGCUGCAGGACAGGCGACUGUGUGCGCCUCGAUCUCCGGUGGGCCGAUCAAAACCAUGCAAAGGCAGCCCUGCCCGAUUUCAAUCAGGACUUAAUAAUCUCCAUCGCUGUGGCGCAAAAUGGAUGCUGCUUGGAGCAAUUUUCUCUUCCAGAAUACUCCCACCCAAAACCAAGUGGAGGGGAGCCUCCAAUCAGAGCUCAUGCAAGUGCAUACGAGUUCUCCCCAAACCCCACCCACAGAGCACAUAGCACAGCCUCCUUCAACUGUGGACACUGCUGCUCUCAAUGAGGAACCCCUGCCUGGUGAGGGACACUGCACUGCAUCCUACACCUGUGGAGCUGACAACAUGAAGCCUGUGUCCCGGCCCGGCCGCGUGCCCCACAUCUGUGCCAUCUGCAACAAGCAGUUCAAGAACAACUACAACCUGCGGCGGCACCAGUCGGUCCACACCGGGGUACGCAUGAAGGACAGGGCCAGAGAGCAGGCGGAGGGGGCAAAGGAGGGCGCCGCGGCCCCGUCGGCGAUGGCGGGGGGGGCCGGAGGGAGGGUGGAGAGGACCACUGUUCCCCUCUCCCUGCUACACCUCUCCGCUCCUCCUCCUCUCGCCCCUCCCGGCGUGCUGGCGGGGUCCCUGCAGAUCCCUCUGGGUAGUCAGGAUGGUGAAGGGGGGGCCAUGGCUAACGUAAUGGCUAGUGUUAACCCCCACGCUCCGCCUCCUGCUGCUGUCGUCAUGGCCACAGGGGCGACAGUACAGCGACCCUCAAAUCCCAACCCAAACCCAGUAAGGAAAAACCAUGCCUGCGAGACGUGCGGGAAGGCUUUCCGUGACGUUUACCACCUCAACCGCCACCGCCUGUCCCACUCUGACGAGAAGCCGUUCUCCUGUCACAUCUGCCAGCAGCGCUUCAAGAGGAAGGACCGCAUGAGCCACCAUGUGCGAUCCCACCAGGGAGGCGUGGAGAAACCCUACGUCUGCCCCCACUGUGGCAAAGCUUUCUCCAGGCCUGACCAUCUGAACAGUCACGUCAGACAGGUGCACUCGUCGGAGCGACCCUUCAAAUGCCCGGUGAGUCAGACCUGUGAGUCCAGUUUUGCCACGAAGGAUCGUUUGCGUGCGCACAUGAUUCGCCACGAGGAGAAGGUCCCCUGCCACAUCUGUGGGAAGCUGCUGUCCGCUGCAUACAUCACAGAUCACAUGAGGGUGCACAACCAGUCCCAGCAUCACGCUUGCCACCUCUGUAACCGCAGCUUCACCACGCUGACCUACCUUCGUGUCCACGCCCAGAAGCACCACGGCCAGGAGUGGAAGGACAGUCCGGGGGGCUUCGGCGGCUCGGCUUCCGGCGGCAUUCUGGUCUGCCACUUGUGCGGCAUCCACUGCAAGACGCCCACCCAGCUCCAGGGGCACAUGGGCACCCAUGGCAACAACCAGGGUGUCCCGAGCCCCAUCACCUCCAAUGUGGCUGCCAGCAGCUCCGUCUCCCUUAGCAACAUGGUGACGGCGCCAACUGUUUAUGUCACGGGCAACACGGUGGUGGACCUGCUUGUCACAGACUGCUCGAGCAUCGCAGCGCCACAGUCCCACAGUUAGCAGCAAUAAUGACCUCAAACCUUUAACAGAGGGCAGGGUUAGAAAAGGUCAAAGUUACAGGUAGAUGUUUGUAAUGUCCCCACUUAUAGGUAAGGAUUAAAAGGUGGGGGGGAUUAAGUCCAGUCAAGGGCAGUAUCACCUCAGAGCUGCAGAGCAUCGGUGGAAAGUGGACGGUAUUAAUAGCUAUGAACUCACGAAAAGAUAUACCUUUGUGGCCGUAGCAAGGUUCAUUGACACUAACGACAAACAUGGAUGUGCAGUGUUUCCCCUAGGUUGACUGCUUUGGGCGGGGUGCUGUCUGAGCGUGGGGGGGAUUUUUUAAAUCCUCUGGAGCAGAGAGAGGAGCUGUGGAUUAUUGUUAUUGAUUAAUGCAUCAGUGUU